GACAAUGCAUCCAACAUGAUCCUAAGUGCCCAGCUACUCCACCUUCGCCAUGUCCCAUGUUUUGCUCAUACUUUAAAUUUGAUUGUGAAAAAGGCCCUAGAUCAAACCCCAGUCAUCAAUGAAAUACGCCAGAAGGCCAGAAAGAUAGUGGGGUUGUUCAGAUCCAGCUGCAAAGCAAAGGACAAGCUUGUGGAGAUGCAGGGCUUGAUGGGAAGACCAACCCUGAAACUGAUACAGGAGGUUGACACGAGAUGGAACAGCACAUUUGACAUGCUACAGCGCUUGUAUGACCAACGUGAACCAGUGGCUGCUGCACUUUCCAACUUAAACAAUGACACUGCUCCCCUGACAAGUAUUGAUUAUGACAUUAUUCAACAAUCAUUGUCAGUACUGCAACCAUUCAAAUUCGCAACAACAGAGAUGUCAGAGGAAAAGAGAGUGUCUGCCUCAAAGCUUAUACCACUGUACAGGAUGUUGCAGCACAAGCUUGCACAGAAAAAAGGAAAUGCAACGCAGGAAUCAACUAUACAAUUAGGCUCACAUCUGCAAGAAGGUCUUCACUCCAGAUGUGGAGGUUAUGAGGGUUUUAGAGCCUUGGCACUGGCUACACUGCUGGACCCAAGGUUCAAAAAUGUGGCAUUUGGAAAUGCUGGCAAAGCCCAGGAAGCUGAAAAGCACAUCACACUGGAGUGUGCUUCGCUGAUGCGUUCAAACACAAAUCCUGAGCCAGAAAUGUCAACAUCAGACCCAUCAUCAUCAUCACCAUCAACAUCAACACCAGUAGAAACACAGGACAGUUUAUGGGACCUUUUUGAUACUCGUAUCCAUCAAACCCAGAUGAUACACAAUGCUACAGCUGAUGCCACAGUGGAAGUAAAAAAAUACAUCAACGAUGCGUAUUUGCCCAGAACUCAUAAUCCACUAACUUACUGGAAAGAGAGAGCAGUAAUCUUUCCUCAUUUGUAUGUCCUUGCAAAAAAGUAUCUUUGUAUGCCAGCAACAAGUGUCCCUUGUGAGAGGAUUUUUUCAAAGGCUGGAGAAAUUAUCUGUAAAAAAAGAAGUAGGCUAAGUCCUUCCACAGCAGAGAAAUUAAUAUUUUUGAAUAAAAAUCUCUAA